CACUUCAGUAAGUCCUCUAAACAGAGCAUUACAACAUUCCAGCUUUUACUAAAACAAAUGCGCAAAAGAAGUGAGAUGGAGACUUUUACAAGUUGUCUCAUCGUGGUUAUAAUAUCACUACUGUCUUGUUUUGCUAAUGCAGAAUUUCACUACCAUGAAUUUAUUGUUCAAGAAACCAGUGAAACAAGGCUAUGCAGAACCAAGAAUAUAAUCACAGUGAAUGGGCAAUUUCCAGGACCAACCUUGACAGUUCGAAACGGAGAUACAUUAUUUGUUACUGUCGUUAAUAGAGCUCGUUACAAUGUUACCAUCCAUUGGCAUGGAGUUCGUCAAAUGCGAACACCCUGGGCUGAUGGGCCUGAGUAUGUAACACAGUGCCCAAUUAGACCAGGAGGAUUUUACACAUACAGAUUCACUAUUGAAAAUCAAGAGGGUACAUUGUGGUGGCAUGCUCAUAGCCGAUGGCUUAGAGCUACUGUUUAUGGAGCAUUAGUUAUUUUACCAAAACAGGGUUCUAAUUUUCCUUUUUCAAUGCCCCAGAAAGAUGUUCCUAUUCUUCUUGGGGAAUGGUGGAACAGAGACAUUAUUGCAGUCCAAAGACAGGCACAAUUCACUGGAGCAGCUCCUAAUAUUUCUGAUGCAUUUACUAUUAAUGGCCAACCUGGUGACCUUUAUAGAUGCUCUAGUCAAGAUACUGUGAAAUACUCAGUGAAUCCGGGAGAAUCAAUUCUCUUGAGGGUGAUCAAUGCUGCACUCAAUCAACAACUUUUCUUCUCAGUAGCCAACCACAUGCUCACUGUUGUUGGUGUUGAUGCUACUUAUAGCAAGCCUCUUACAACUAAUGUCAUUAUGGUUGGACCUGGCCAAACAACUAAUGUAAUUCUCACUGCUAAUCAGUCCCCUGGCCGUUACUAUAUGGCGGCUCGUGCCUAUGCCACAGCCAGAAACGCGCCAUUUGACAACACCACAACCACUGCCAUCCUUGAGUACACAAAUCUCAACUCGGGCGCGAAUUCAAGACCUUUAUUGCCCCAACUUCCAGCCUUCAAUGAUACAACCACUGCCACUGCUUUCGCGAGCCGGUUGAGGGGCAUUCCUGGUAACAAUAUGAGAGUUCCCAAAAAGAUUGAUGAGAACUUGUUCUUCACUGUUGGAUUAGGCCUAGUGAAUUGCAACCCUGGUCCAAGAUGUCAAGGGCCCAAUAAUUCGCGUUUUGCUGCUAGCAUGAACAACAUUUCGUUUGUUCUUCCUAGAAGAACUUCAUUGCUGCAGGCCUAUUACCAAAAGAUUCCAGGGAUUUAUACAUUAGACUUUCCACCUGUUCCUCCGGUUCAAUUUGACUACACAGGCAAUGUUUCGCGAGGACUAUGGCAACCAAGAUUUAGGACUAAGUUGUACCAGCUCAAGUUUGGUUCUACUGUACAAAUUGUGUUGCAAGAUACUGCUAUUUUCACUACUGAGGACCACCCUAUACAUCUUCACGGAUACCAUUUUUGGGUCGUCGGACAAGGUUUUGGCAACUUCAAUCCUCAGACGGAUACUGCUACAUUUAACCUAAUCGAUCCGCCCUCCAGAAACACAAUCGAUGUGCCUGCUGGUGGAUGGGCAGUCAUUCGUUUCGUAGCAGAUAAUCCAGGGGUUUGGUUAUUCCAUUGCCACAUUGAUUCUCAUUUGUCUUGGGGCCUAGCUAUGUCAUUCAUUGUCGAAAAUGGAAUAGGAGAGAAACAGAAAAUGGAGCCACCUCCACCAGAUCUACCACAAUGCUAAGAUGUUGAAUGAAUAUUAAGAGAGUGUGGUCCAUGUUAUGAUUUAUUCCUAAAAACAAGCAUUUGUUAGUGUGGUCUGUCUAUUGUUUUUCUCUAGUAUUAGUUAUCAGGAGUUUGCCUAUGUUUUAUCAAGUAAAGUCUGAAAUUGUUUUGUCUAUGAUUAUUGUUCAAGUGCCAACCAAGAAAGGGGUUGACUUCAUAUUGUAUGUACUAACCACAAUCUUGGUUUCUGUCACCAUCAAAUAGAAGUAUUGAACAGUUCUAUUGUCUUCA